GUUUCAUCAAUCGAAUCUAUCACUUCACACACAAGUUAACUGAAAUCAAAAUCACAAAUCAUCAUAAAAUCACAUAAAUACAAUUCGAAAUGAGCAAAAAAGAUAUGUACGAGGUAACUGAGCCAACUGCAGAUGCCAUAAAGGCAUCGACGUUUGCACAACGAAUCUAUACAAAACGUCUACACAGUCCAGAGGAUCUGAGCAAUUGGAAGCGUUCUCGAGCAUACUAUGAUCUGGUUGCCUACAUUAACAAUACAAGCAUGGCCAUACAGGGCUAUCGACAAGGGGGCGGUUAUAUUAUCACGACGCGAAUGCAGAAGUUGUGCAAAAUCUUCAAUUGGCUGGAACGGCUUAUCUAUGAGCAUCAUCCGUUGGGCGUGGGUCAGGGACUGCUCCGCUGUGUGGGUGAGACCAAGAUGGAUUCAAUGGAUUCAACGAAUUCGCUACGUCAUAAAUGCCAUCGCGCUUUCCGUCACUGGUUGCUACAGGUGCAAGAGAAAGUCUUUUCCAUACUUGAACAGCAGGUGAAACCCCACUGCAAGCACAUUAAUGAAUUGGCCCAGUAUCUGACGCGCGCUUUUGGAAGCUUGAAAAAUUACGAUUAUGGUCCAGGAAAUGAGCUAAUGUUCCUAUUCUACCUAUGCGGCCUUUUCAAGUCGGGCAUCCUGCAAAGUGUGGACACGGUAGCUGCAGCCCUAUUGCUUUAUCAGCGCUAUUUGGAUCUCGUGCGUCGUAUCAUUCUGUUCUAUCGCUUAUCGGCCCAUAAUUUCGAUAACAAUAUCAUCGAUAAUCGCAACGUUUUGCCCUAUCUGUGGGGUUGCGCCCAGCUGUGUCACGAAGCGCCCUUUACACCACCACAAUGGGAGAUGCCGGAGAUAAUGGUGGCCCAUCGACGGGAUUAUAUGUUGCUCAGCAGCCUUGAUUAUCUCCAGAAGACAAUGCAGGAUGCACCACUUGGCGUCCACUCGUAUCAACUGUGGUGCGUUCUCUCGCUUUCGAACUGGCCGGAUGCCUACUCUGGCCUAAUGCGGACAUUUCUCAAGAAUAUCUUAAAUGACUUUUACAUUGUACAGGAUCUCAUCUUUAGCGAAAUGAUGUCAUUUAAUCGUCAGCCUUCGGAAGUCUUACAGCGGGCUUAUCUGGGUAAAUUUCCCAAACAGGCAACUUCAUCGUCCUCCCAACACGAUGAGGAGGCCAUCAUUGAGGAGGAUAAGGAAGAGCAAAAGAAAGAAAAGCAGAAGGGUCAUGAUUUUCAAAAGAAUGAAUUGCCGGUAAAUCCACCUGUGAGUCGACACAACAGUCUGGACACAGAUGUAUUCUUAGGCUUUCAGGAUCCACGUAAAUUGAGUGAUUACACCGACGAUACAAAUGUUACACCGCUGCGACGUCCACAUUAUUAUCACUAUUCGCUAGCGAGGAAGACAUCGUCGAUGGGCCACUCGAUAAAGACGGUACUUGACUCUGGAACGAACUUGGAAUCGGGCGACUCGAACUAUGACACUCGCCAGUUGAAUGAACUGUUGCGUAUAGACAACUCGAGCCAAAGUAACACAACCCUAUCGUACUACAGCAUUUAGGAAGUGUUCUGAGAGGACCGUCGAUUACAUGCUACAUAUUAACAUAUAUACAUACGUACUUUCUACAUUAAUGUACAUAUUAUUCGAAUGUAAUAAUUUCAGUUCCUGUGUAUUCACUUAUUAAGACAACAAUUAAGCAACAUCGACUCUCCUUGGGUGUGAUAAAUCGCAAUCAACAUACAUAUCCACACCGGUGCGCAAAAUUAUAAGAACACCUUUCCAUUA